AUGGGGUCUUCAGAACUGAUUUUUAGAGGUCACGACGAGACUCAACCAACAUCUGAUGCUUACUCACCUAAACCUCCAAAGCCAUGGCUCUCAGUCACCCGACCCAUUCGUUACCUCCUUCGCGAGCAGCGACUGGUCUUUGUCCUCGUUGGCAUUGCUAUUGCUACUCUUUUCUUCACUCUUCUCCCUUCCUCUUCCCCACCUCCUCACAAAUAUGAUCCAAUCCCCGACUCUUUCUCUCACGUCUCUCAUGAGUUAACAACCCCUAUGCGUUACAAAUUCUACGAGCCCCACCCGGUCGGAUUCCAAUCAGCCAAUUCCGGCGGCAAGAUUCCGCUGGGACUCAAAAGAAAAGGGCUCCGAAUUGUCGUUACAGGUGGGGCUGGGUUUGUUGGGUCUCACUUAGUGGACCGUCUGAUCGCUAGAGGAGAUAGCGUGAUCGUGGUGGAUAAUUUUUUCACGGGAAGGAAAGAGAACGUGAUGCAUCAUUUUAAGAACCCGAGAUUUGAGUUAAUCAGACACGAUGUUGUCGAGCCACUGUUGUUAGAAGUGGACCAGAUCUACCAUCUUGCUUGUCCUGCAUCGCCUGUCCAUUACAAGCACAAUCCGGUUAAGACAAUAAAAACUAAUGUCGUGGGCACAUUGAAUAUGUUGGGUUUGGCCAAGAGAGUUGGUGCUCGGUUUUUGCUUACCAGUACCAGCGAGGUUUAUGGUGAUCCUCUUCAGCAUCCUCAGGUCGAAACAUACUGGGGCAACGUUAAUCCCAUCGGUGUCAGGAGUUGUUACGAUGAAGGAAAGAGAACAGCUGAGACAUUGGCUAUGGACUAUCACCGUGGUGCUGGUGUUGAGGUUAGGAUUGCUAGAAUUUUCAAUACUUAUGGACCUCGAAUGUGCAUUGAUGACGGCCGUGUUGUUAGCAAUUUUGUUGCUCAGGCUCUAAGGAAGGAACCUAUGACUGUUUAUGGUGAUGGGAAACAAACAAGGAGUUUUCAAUUUGUUUCUGAUUUGGUGGAGGGUCUGAUGCGCCUUAUGGAAGGAGAACAUGUAGGCCCUUUCAAUCUUGGAAAUCCGGGUGAAUUCACCAUGCUUGAGCUUGCUCAGGUGGUCCAGGAAACCAUUGACCCAAAUGCUAGGAUAGAGUUCAAGCCUAACACAGAAGAUGACCCACACAAGAGAAAACCUGACAUUACAAAGGCUAAAGAUCUCCUCGGUUGGGAACCUAAGAUAUCCCUUCACAAAGGUCUGCCGAUGAUGGUCUCAGACUUCAGGCAACGCAUCUUUGGUGACCACAAGGAAGAAGGUACCAAUUUGUCAACAUCUUAA